ACGAUGAUGAUUUGAUUGAGUUGAAUUCAUUAUUCGAUGAAAGUUUACAAGUAAAGUAUUCGAGUUAGGUUUAAAACGAUAAAUUUGGAAUGGGAAUGAAAUGGGGGAUUACUUACCUAAUCUGAUUCAAAGAUUUGAGAGGUUUUUAGUUUCAAUUUGGGAGAAAUUCAUAAGAACAUGAUGAACAUUGGGGAGAAACCGAGGAACUUGGUGUGCAAGUUCUGAGGAGACAACCAUUUAUGAGGCUGUUCCCGAGCAAUUCUAGAAGGAAAAGGUCGUUUCUUUCCUGUCUGGGAUUGUUCUCCACGCAACGGAUUAAGUUUGUGUAACAAGUCUUCGAUCAUCAUAUUUUCUCUUGAGAUCUCUUUGAUUUCCUUAAUUUCGGGGUUGAUCAGCUUCCGAUCAACUGGCGAAUUGGUUGUACCCGAUUUACAUCUCCGCCGCCGAAUUCUGGGUUUGAUUCAGCCCUAAAUCACGAGUGAACUCCAUAACAGUCUUGCUUUCUCUAUCGUUGAAGGACUCUAUUUAAUCUCUCUUUUUGCGUUGUUAUUGGGUUUUUGUAAUGGAUUCGAGUAAUUGGAGGCCUGCUCAAGGUGGAGAAUCCGGAGUCGAUGCUGGGGAUUGGAGGUCUCAAUUGCAGCCGGAUUCACGGCAUCGAAUAGUCAACAAGAUAAUGGAGACAUUGAAGAGGCACCUUCCUGUUUCGGGUCAUGAGGGAUUGAGUGAGCUGAGGAAAAUUGCUGUAAGGUUCGAGGAAAAGAUUUACACCGCCGCUACCAGUCAGUCAGAUUACCUAAGGAAAAUAUCUCUGAAGAUGCUUACUAUGGAAACCAAAUCUCAGACCACCGCAUUACCAUCCAAUUCUAUGGUGCCUACCAAUAAGCCUCUAGAUUCUACAUCACAGAGCAUGCAGUCUCAAGUUCUAAAUCAAGGGCCAUCAAUGUCUGGCCCAAUGUCUUCCAAUCAACCUCAGCCACGCCAGCAAUUACUCUCGCAGAGCAUCCAAAAUAAUAUUGCUUCUCAGAGUUCGUCCAGCUUACCUUCGUCAGUACCUCCUGUUGCGGGAUUGGCAUCAGCUCCAAUGGCGAACAUAGGUGGCCAGAAUCCAAGCAUGCAAAAUGUAUCUGGAGUUCCACAGAGUUCUGUUGGGAAUGCUAUGGGUCAAGGGGUUUCUACUAAUGUAUUUACCAACUCUCAGAGGCCAAUACAAGGAAGACAAGUGGUUUCCCAACAGCAGCAGCAACAGCAGCAGUCACAAAGCCAGCAGCAACAGUUAUUUUUUCAGCAACAACAUUUACAGCAGCAGAUUAUGAAGCAGAAGUAUCAGCAGGGAAGUAUGCCACACCAACUUAUGCAAUCUCACAUCCCACAACAGCAAACGAAUCUAAUGGCACCGAAUCAACUCCCAUCGUCUCAGCAAUCUGUUAUGCAACCUUCGCUCUCGAAUCUUCAGCAAAACCAGCAAUCUUCCAUUCAACAGCCCACUCAAUCCAUGCUUCAGCAACCUCCACAGCCAGUUCUAAGGCAGCAGCAACAGUCCCAACAACAUUCUCUCCUGCAUCAGCAGCCCACAAUGUCACAGCAGGCGAGCUUGUCUUCACAGCAGCAACAACAGCUAAUUAAUCAACAAUCUAAUUCUUCAAACAUGCAGCAGAAUUCACUAAUACAAAACAGUGUUGGGGACAUGCAGCAGCAGCUGCCACAGCAAUCAAGGUCGCAUGGGCAGCAGAGCAAUCUAUCAAACAUGCAGACUCCACCAUCGCAGCAGCAGCAGCAGCAGCAGCAGUUAAUGAAUCAGCAAAGCAGCCUAUCAAAUUUGCAGCAGCCGCAGUUAGGACCUCAAAGUAAUGUUUCUGGACUACAGCAACAACAGAUGCAUGGUACUCAGUCAGGUAACUCAAACAUGCAAUCAAAUCAGCACGGUGUGCAUAUGAUGCAACAGAACAAGGUUCAAAUGCAGCAACAACCUCCACAAAAUCCAUCGAAUUUGUUGUCAACGCAAGGUCAGCAAGGACAACUUCAAUCAUCCCAACAGUUGAUGUCACAGAUUCCGUUGCAGUCCGCACAAGUCCAACAACAGGUGUCUUUACAGCAGCAGCAGCAGCAGCAGCCGCAGUCAAAUACCUUGUCACAUGAGCUCCAACAAAGGCUUCAAGCUGGAGGUCAAGCUCCAGGCCCCUUACUUCAAUCACAGAAUGUAAUGGAUCAGCAAAAGCAGUUGUAUCAUCCACAAAGGGUCCUUCCAGAGACAUCAUCAACAUCUUUAGAUUCCACGGCUCAGACAGGACAAGCUAAUGGUGGGGAUUGGCAAGAGGAGAUUUAUCAGAAGAUUAAAUCUAUGAAGGAGUUGUACCUUUUUGAACUGAAAGAAAUGUAUCAGAAAAUUCUUCCAAAAGUGCAUCAGUUUGACAGCCUUCCGCAACAACCAAAGUCAGAGCAGCUAAAUAAGCUAAGGGCAUUUAGGGUGAUUUUGGAACGCCUUAUAGCGUUCUUACAGGUUCCAAAGAAUAAUAUUGUGAUUGGAUUUAAAGAUAAGAUAGGCCAUUACGAGAAGCAGAUUGUUAGUUUCUUAAACUCGAACAGGCCAAGAAAUUCAGUGUCUACACUGCAGCAAGGACAGCUCCCUGCCUCUCACAUGCAAUCUAUGCAGCAGUCACAAUCACAGAUGACUCCGUUACAGUCGCCCGAAAAUCAAAUCAAUCCCCAACUGCAUUCUGCAAACAUGCAAGGUUCCGUGGCUCCGGUGCAGCAGAACAAUAUGAACAAUAUGAACAAUAUGCAACAUAAUUCUCUUCCAACUUUUUCAGGAUCAGCACCACAACAGAACAUGACGAUUCCGAUGCAGCCGAGUUCCAGUUUGGAAUCAGGACAAGGGAAUUCACUGAGCUCGUUGCAGCAGGUUGGUGCUGUGUCUUUGCAACAGAAUCCUGCUAACAGCUCCCAACGGGCGAACAAUAGUUCUUUGGCAUCACAAAAUGGGGUUAAUGCUCUUCAGCCAAAUAUUAGUUCUCUUCAAUCCAACACUAAUAUUCUUCAACAUCAACAUAUGAAACAACAGGAUCCGCAGCAGUUGCUGCAAUCGCAGCAGCAGCUGAAACAACAGAUGCAGCAGAGACACAUGCAGCAUCUGAAGCAGCAGAUGUUGCAGCAUCAGCAGCAACAGCAGCAACAACCACAAUUACAUCAGCAACAGUCACAGCUACAGCAGCAACAACCACAAUUACAUCAGCAACAGUCACAGCUACAGCAGCAAGGAAAGCAGCAGUUACCCACACAAAUGCAGGCGCACCAAAUGUCGCAUCUUAACCAAAUUGAGAUGAAUGACCUGAAGAUGAGACAAGGGGUUGCUGCAAAGCCAGGGAUGUUUCAACAUCCAGGAACUCAGCGCUCAGCUUAUACCCAUCCACAGAUGAAACCAGGGACUUCAUUUCCAAUUUCACCUCCGAUCUUUCAGGCGACAUCCCCUCAAGUUACCCAAAAUUCUUCCCCACAGGUCGACCAACAAAAUAUGUUUUCAUCCAUGAACAGAAUUGGAACACCUUUGCAAUCUGCGAGCUCCCCUUUUGUUGUCCCAUCUCCUUCAACGCCUCUGGCUCCAUCUCCAAUGCCUGGUGAUUCUGAAAAACCUACUUCUGCUGUCUCGUCACUUCCAAAUGCUGGGAAUACUGGACAACAAAUGAAUGUGUCUGGGGCACAAGCCCCAUCUCUUGCCAUUGGCACCCCUGGGAUAUCUGCCUCACCAUUGCUAGCUGAGUUUAGUGGUACAGAUGGCGCUUAUGCCAUUGCAUUACCAACUGUUUCCGGCAAAUCAAGUGUUACAGAGCAGCCUCUUGAACGCUUAAUUAAAGCGGUUAAAUCAAUGUCACCUAAAGCUUUGAAUGCUUCUGUCAGUGGCAUCGGAUCAGUUGUCAGUAUGAUUGAUAGGAUAGCCGGCUCAGCCCCCGGUAAUGGAUCGAGAGCUGCAGUUGGGGAGGAUCUGGUUGCCAUGACUAAAUGUCGGCUGCAAGCAAGAAAUUUUGUUUCACACGAUGGGUCAAAUGGAACCAAAAGGAUGAGACGUCACACAAGUGCAAUGCCCUUAAACGUUGUAUCAUCAGCAGGAAGUGUAAAUGAUGUUUUUAAACCAUUGACCGGUGCAGAGACAUCUGAUCUUGAGUCAACUGCAACAUCUAGCGUCAAGAGGCCCCGGAUUGAGGCCAAUCAUGUUCUUCUGGAAGAAAUAAGGGAAAUAAACCAACGCCUGAUUGACACAGUGGUGGUAAUUAGUGAUGAAGUAGUUGAUCCAAGUGCUUUAGCGGCUGCUGGUGAUGGCAGCGAUGGAACAAUUGUGAAGUGCUCUUUUAGUGCUGUGGCUCUCAGUCCCAGCUUAAAAUCCCAAUACACUUCUGCACAAAUGUCCCCAAUUCAGCCUCUACGGUUGCUUGUUCCUACAAAUUAUCCGAACUGUUCCCCAAUACUCUUAGACAAGUUUCCUGUUGAAGUCAGCAGCAAGGAAUAUGAAGACCUUUCAAUAAAGGCCAAGUCCAGAUUUAGCAUAUCGUUGCGAAACCUUUCGCAGCCAAUGUCGCUUGGGGACAUAGCAAGAACUUGGGAUGUCUGUGCUCGUGCUGUUGUUUCCGAAUACGCUCAGCAGAGCGGUGGUGGCAGCUUCUGUUCGAAGUAUGGGGCUUGGGAGAACUGUUUGAGUGCUGCAUGAUUUGAAAAAUCCAUGGAAUGGAUGUUCGCGAACCAUCUCGAGGUAUUUCCGGCAGGCGAAAUGACGAGACCAGCUCUGCUUGCUUAGGGAAGACAAGGCUGCCUAUUUAAAUAAUGUAUCAUAGCAUAUAAUUAUUCCUCUGUGAAGCAUGGAGGUAGUUUAAUCAAAUGGCAUGGCUAAUUAAGUUGUUUGACUGCCACGAUGGAUUCGUUUGUUUGUGAAAACUUUGAAUGCCUCUUUUGGCUAUAUGUCUGUAAAUCGUAAGAAGGGCGGACUGUAAAAAGGAAAUCCUUGAUAUGUUCAUUAAAUGCAUAAAUUUAUGCCUGAAGCUAGCGAGAACUUUUUGGUU